AGUAUUUCCCAAUUUUUUUUUUCCUCUAAAGGGCAGAGAGUCAGCAUGUCAGAUACAUAACCUACCAAAUCUCUUCUACUUGAAGGCUCAAACGACCGGAAAAAGAGAAAAUGGGAAACCCAAGGACGCAAUCUAACGAGGAGCUACACGCGGCGGCUCGUGCCGGCGACCUAACCGCCGUGCAGAGAAUAUGCAGCUCCAAUCCGCUGGCAGUCAACUCCAGAGACAAGCACUCUCGGACCCCGCUCCAUCUAGCAGCAUGGUCUGGACAUGCACAAAUUGUAAGCUAUCUUUGCAAGAACAAGGCCGAUGCGCGUGCUGCAGCAAUGGAUGACAUGGGAGCGAUUCACUUUGCGGCUCAAAAAGGCCAUCUAGAGGCUGUACGCGUUCUCCUUACAUCCGGAGUAUCUGUAAAUUCAACCAAUCGCAAGGGUAUGAGUGCCCUUCACUAUGCCUCUCAAGGAUCUAAUCUGGAGCUUGUCAAGUACUUGGUGAAGAAAUGCGCAAGCGUUAGUGUGAAAAACAAAGCAGGCAAGACCCCCUUGGAUCUCGCGCGCAACGAAGACAUCCGGUCGUUCUUGCGUGAUUGCGAAACCACAUCCGUUGGUGCGGCUCUUGGCAGUGGAGAAGACGGUGAUGAAACCAAAUCAAAGCCCUCCUCAGCAGUGGAAAAUGAAGAAGGCCCGGAAGUCAGUGCCGAUGAAGAAGGAGAACAUUUCAAGAGAAAAGCUGAGGGUGAGGAAAAUUCGAAGAAGGAAACAAAGAAACCAAAAGUUGCUCUGUAUCAUCUUCUAACUUCAGAUGAUGUGGAGGAAGAGGUAGAAAAUCUUUGAGGGAACUAUGUCGAAAUUGAAAACGCUUACUAUAGCUACUACUAGCUGUAUUACUCGUUUAAUAGGAGCUAUCCCUUCUUCUAAAUUAAUUAACAACAAUCCAAUUGCUCUAUUCGUCCGGUUUUAAGUUACAUGAUUAUUAUUCACGUGAUCAAUUUAAAAUGAGAUCUCAAGGUUAAAUUUUCAAUAGAAGUCUCCAUGGCCC